UGAGACGGAGUGUGAGUACAGGGCAAGACGAACGAGCAUAGUGAGUCAGUGAGUGCGACUGAGACGGACGCGUGCCGGUCUGCCGAAUAAUUUUCGUUGACUUUUCUGAUUAGUCGCCUUUUCCUUCGCCUCGGGUGCCAAGGCUGACGUUCGUUACACACUGACGUAGUCUCGCGACGCAUGUUUAGGAAAAACGAAAAGACGAUAAAGAGUGCUUAGCCCGCGAGUAAAUCGAGUGGGUCAGUAGCUAGACGGGCGCCGGUUUUCUACGGUCAUAGUUUGGAACAGCCUGUCGCGAAAUGGAUGUCAGCGCCACCACCAGGCAGCCAGUGGUUGCACCGCUGAACUCGAACGCAGACAAGCCCAGGAAUGGAUUCUUCAAGACUGCCAUCGUGUGGCAAAACGUAAUCGGGUUCCUCCUGUUGCAUAUAGCAGCAGUGUACGGAGCUUACUUGUACAUUUAUGAGGCUUCCUGGGCAACAAAAUUGUUUGGGUUUGUUUGCUACUGGUUGUCGGCAAAGGGCACUACAAUGGGUGCACACCGGCACUACUCUCACCGCACUUACAAAGCUACGUUACCACUGCGACUGAUCAUCAUGUUCCUCAGCACGCUCGCCGGGCAGAACAGUCUGUGGGUGUGGGUGCGAGACCAUCGCGUCCACCACAAGUACUCUGACACAGACGCCGACCCUCACAAUUCCACGCGGGGUCUGUUCUUCUCGCACAUUGGCUGGCUCCUGCUGCGCAAACACCCCGACGUGGCCGAGAAGGGACGCAAGCUCGACAUGUCAGACUUGAACGCAGACCCUCUGGUCAUGUUUCAGAAGAGGUACUACUAUCAACUCUACAUUGCCUGCAAUUCUCUGUUGAUGCUGGUCCCGGUGUUUGCCUGGAAAGAAACUUUGUGGAACUCUUUCAUGGUCACUUGGUUACUUCGCACCACUUUGUUGUACCAUGCGACUUGGUCGAUCAACAGUUUUGCUCAUUGGGGCGGGACAAAGCCAUACGACGAGAAAAUCAGGGCGGCGGAGGAAAAGUGGACUGCACUAUUCAGUGGUGGAGAAGGCUGGCACAACUACCAUCACACCUUUCCCAUGGACUACAAAGCGUCGGAAUACGGAAUGCCUUUUAAUUCGACCAAAGGUGUAAUCGAUUUAUUCGCGAAAUUGGGGUGGGCUUACGACUUGAAGGAAGUGUCUGGCGAUGCAGUUUUUUCAAGAGUGGAGAGAACAGGCGACGGAACACGCAAGUUUGUUUGGUGGGGCUGAAAAAAAUAAAAAUAAAGGACCUGGUGAAUUUUGAA